CCCCUGAUUUGAUUCGUUUGGAGAUUCGGGGUGCCCUUUUAAGACAAAGCUUCCAUCCCUCUCAGGCUCUCCUUCUGGGAAAAACAGUCCCGUUGCCAAGUUGUGGCCCUUCGUUUCCCGAAUCUCUGGCAUUUGGAGAGAGAGGGAGGGAGGGAAGGCCCUUUGCGAGCCUCUUUCCAGGGAUGUCUGCAAAACGGGCCUCGACGCCGAGCCUUCAGUUCCAAGGUCCCUCAGAGCAGGGAGCUCCCCGCGGAGCGAAAAUGGAAGACGAGGAGCCCGAAACGCCGGAUCCGGAGGAAAAGUGGAGGGGCAAAGCGAUGGCUUCUCGCCGCUCUCGAGAAAAAAACGAGAGGCUGCUCAAAGCGAGGACGGCCCAGCACAAAGUCCAUCACAACGCCACUCGUUCCCCUCGUUCGGGGUGGAGGAGUCUACUGCGCCCCACCGAGUUACAAGACCGGCGGAGAUUCUCUCCCUCCGCGGAGGGGCCGGCGGUCACCCGCCUGUGGCCCAGGGGUGGCCGCGCCAGCCGGCACCCUGUGGUCCUGAGCGAGGAAAGCUCGGAGCCCCAAAACCUCUUGGACGCGGGAGAAAUUGGGGAAUCGGGGAUGGUGAAGGUGAAGGAAGAAAUUCUGGGAGACGACUCGGCCAGCAUGGAGAUGAAACGCCAACGUUUCCGCCAGUUCCGCUACCAGGAGGCCGAAGGCCCUCGUGAGGUCUGCAGCCAGCUCUGGUAUCUCUGCCACCGGUGGCUGAAGCCGGAGAGACACACCAAGGAGCAGAUCCUGGAGCUGCUGAUCCUGGAGCAGUUCCUGGCCAUCCUGCCCCCGGACAUCCAGAGCUGGGUCCGGGAACACGAACCCGAGACCUGCUCUCAGGCGGCUUCCUUGGCUGAGGAUUUCCUGCAGAUGCAGCGGGAAGUGGAGAGGAAAGAACAGCAAGUGCUCGGGCUGUUUGAGAUGGAUAACGAGGUUUCUCCAGAGGCCGAGGCUGAACAGCCUCCAUCCGUCGCGGUGCCAGAGCCUCUUUUCCGAGAAGCCAAGCGAGAAACCGACGAAGAGGAACACAGCAAUUUAGGAUCUCUCAGGCAGGUGGAACCGCGGAGAGGGCCCCCUCUCCCCCUUUAUCCAGAAGAGGGCAGCUCGGAUGACGAAGGCCUGCUGGACCUGGUCUACGCCACCAACCUCGAGCUCCACAGCCGGCGGCCUCCCCGUCGAACCCGCCUCAUCCGGAUGCGCACCCACGAGCUCCAGGUGUCCGACGAGGAAUGCCUGACCCGCUUCCGGCUGGACCGCCAGGCCAUCCAGGACCUGUGCACUCUCUUGGCCCCCUACCUGGAUGGGGCAUCUGCGAGUCGCCGGCACAUCCCGACGUUGCAGAAAGUCCUGAUAGCCUUGCAGGUUCUCGGCACGGGCUCCUUCCAGCGGAUGACAGGAGAUAACCUGCGGGUGUCCCAGUCUUCCGUCAGCCGCUGCUUGGAUGCCUUCCUGGAGGCCAUGUUGCGCCACGUCCACGAGCACAUCACCUUUCCCACCACUGACUCGGAGCUGCGACGGACCAGGGAGGCCUUCUUUGACAUCGCAGGGUUCCCCAACGUCAUUGGGAUUGUGGACUGCACCCACGUGCCUAUCAUCGCCCCCGCAGACAUGCCGGCGCUGUACCGGAAUUGCCACAACUUCCACAGCCUGAACGUGCAGGCCACUUGCGACGCCUCGGGUUGCUUCACUCACGUCUUGGCCAAGUUCCCCGGAAGCGUCCACGACGCCCGCAUCUUCCAACUCUCCCAAUUGCAAAGGCUGCUGGAGUCGUGGCCGGAAGGGAAGGGGUGGCUUCUGGGCGACUCGGGGUAUCCUUUGCGGCCUUUCCUCAUGACCCCGCACCCUGACGACGGCCCUGAGCCCGUGGCGCGCUACAACGCAACCCACAAGACGACGCGGAUGGUGGUGGAGACGGCCUUCGGGCAGCUCAAGAUGAGGUUCCGCUGCCUUCACUCCACAGGGGGGCGCUUGAUGCUCCGCCCGGAGAAAGUGGCGAAGGUUUUUGUCGUCUGCGCCAUGCUUCACAACAUGGCCUUGAGGCGCCAGCUGCCCAUCAUCAAUGGAGGACAAGGGGUGGACACUGAGGUCCCUGUGCCUCCAUACCUGGAGACCGACACCAUGGUCGAACAAGAUCCUCAGGGAGUAGAAGUCCGGGAUCAGAUCAUUAGCACUUAUUUCUCACAAUGGGAGUCUUUGCAGCCGGACUGGUGGAAAAAAAAGGGAUGGGGAGAUCGCCGUGCAUGGGGGGAAAAAUCUCCAAGGAUGAAAAGGGAAGAAGAAGGGAUGCUUAGUUGUCUGCCAGGAGAGCCAUCCAAGCCAGCUGGAGAAAUCCUUCACGGGGUCAUCGUAGAUUGCAAGACCAGAGUGGACUUCAGAGGACGAGGCAAAUCUCUGGAUGGAGAUACGGGGAGAUCCUGUGGACAGGCCAUCCUGCCUCAGGUGAAGGGAGAAUCAGAAGAGGAUCUAACCCAGAACUGGGAAGUCCAAUGGAAGACUUUUUUGAGGACCAUGGAGUCCUCUCACUCGGACUGGGGAAUGACCCAUUUCCCAGAGGACCCUUCCUUGUGGGAAGAUGCCAAGACCUUCCUGGGCUCCUUCGAGCAAGUAGCUGAGGCUUGUUGCUGGCCCAGGGAGCAGUGGGUAGCCCGGCUCUUGCCCGCCCUCAAUGGAGAAGCCAGGCAGGCCUUCGAUAAACUGGAAUCUGGAGGCCGAGAGGAUUAUGGGAAAGUGAAGGCGGCCAUCUUGCGAGAGGAGGCUCUAAGCAGAGAGAAGAUUCGCCGGCGCUUCCGGCAGUUUAGCUACUGGCAGGCCGAUGGGCCAAGAGCCGUCUAUGCCCAACUGCGGGAUCUCUGCCGCCAGUGGCUGAAGACCGAGAAGCACAGCAAAGAGCAGAUUGUGGAAUUGCUGGUCUUGGAACAAUUUCUGGCUAUCCUCCCCCCGGAAAUGCGGAGCUGGGUGUGUGAAUGCAGCAUGGAGACCUGUGCCGAGGCCGUGGCCCUGGUGGAGGAUUUCCUCUCAAGGCAGCAAGAGGCUCGGAGGCAAGAAAAGCAGAGCGUCUUGGAGGAAGCCCAGGCUGUUUUUUCCUGGACUCCAGCUGAGCCCGGACAGAGGGCUCUCUAUGUCGAAUCAACGCUGGAAGAGAGUGAUGGACAGGCCACCUUGUUAGGAAGUCCACUCUUACCCCAAAGUGAGGUUUGUUGGCUGGGAGAGAAAAACAAGACAUUUUUUCAGAGUUCAGAAGAAGCGAAACCUCCAGAAGGUGUCUCCGAGAAAGAAGAUGGAGGUGAAACACGCCAAGGGUUAGAAAGAGCCAGAUGCGAAGGCCUGAGAGAAAUCGCCUGGAAUCCAGACGGUUCACAGAUGCAGGAAGGUGCAGAUGCAGGAAGGGCGGGAGAAAAGGCUAAAUCUGUGUCGGAUCGGACCGCUGAUGUGGACGAGGUUCCAUUUCCUCAGGAAAAGCAGCGGAAGAAGAGGAAAAACCAGUGCCUCGUUGUCAUCCCAGAAGAGAGACCCAGUAAAAACUCAGCCUUCGGGAAGGGGGUCCCCCUCUAUCAAAGACUCCAUAGCCGAGAACUGCCCCAUAAAUGCCUGGACUGCGGAAAGGGCUUUGGUCAUAAAGCGAACCUUACAUCCCACCAGAGAGUCCACCGGCUGGAGAAGCUCUACGACUGCUCCAACUGUGGCAAGACUUUCCUUCGUAAGUCCAUCUUGGAGAUGCACUUGAGGAUGCACACGGGCCAGAAGCCCUUCAGCUGCUCUGACUGCGGCCUAAGCUUAAGCGCCCAUUCGAGCCUCGUCAGGCAUCAGCGGAUCCACACCCGGGAGAAACCCUACAAGUGCUCCGAGUGCGAGAAGAGCUUCAGUCAGAACUCGGACCUGAUCCGGCAUCAGCGGCUCCACACGGGGGUCAAACCCUAUCGGUGCCCUGAAUGCGGGAAGAGCUUCAGCCGGGGAGAUUGCCUGGCUACCCAUCAGAAAAUCCACGUGGGGAAAGAGCAAGGCGGGAAUCAGACCGUAGCAAAGGCUUUUGUGAUCAAUCAAGUCCUCUUCAGCACUUGGGGGCGGGUUUUAAAGGGCAUUUUUAAAAAAAGAAAAAGAAAAAGCAGACGAGUUCGGCUGCCUAGAAUAGACGGCGGGGAACCUUUUCCUGUUUCUCCGCGCGGAAAAGCUACAACCAGCGGAGCCCGAGCGCGGCGCGCGCGCCAAGGUUGCCGUGGUGGAUACACAAAGCUAAAAGUAAAUCCAGUCAACCUUGGUGGGAAUUCUUGGGAGUGUGAAGCAUUCAGGACUCCAGGCAAAAGACGAGCCCUUAAUUGCGAAUUGCAGCACAACUACUUUCAGGAAUCGGCAAAAGAACACAAAAUGGAGUCUAGAAGUCCAGAUUGCUCCAACGCCACCCAGUCUUUCUGGGACUCUGAACUGGGACUGCUGCGUGUCAUCAUCAAGGAGGAAGAUGACGGUGAAGAGGCCCUUCCGUCAGAAGACUGGAUGGCAAGAUCAACCACAGAGGAAGGUUUCCUCCCCGAAAGCUUCACUUCAGAGCAUCAGCUGAAACGUUCGCCAGCAAGUUCUCAAGACAGUAAUUUUCCUCCGGUGGAAGUGGCAGAUAACAUCCAGAUUAAAGAGGAACCCACCGAGGUGUCCGUAACGAUACUCGAGCAUCCGAACACCGAAGGGACGAGCGCGAAUAAGUGUGCCCUGUGUGGGAAGACUUUCAGUUGCAAGUCAGAUCUCACCAGGCACCAGAGGACUCACACAGGUGAGAAGCCCUACCGAUGUUUCGAGUGCGGGAAAAGCUUCAGCCGAGGCGAUUAUCUGAUUCUGCACCAAAAGCUUCACCGGGGGGAGAAACCAUACAAGUGCUCAGAGUGCGGCAAGGGCUUCUACCGAAGCACCCGGCUGAUUUCCCAUAAAAGGGUCCACCUGGCCGAGAAACUGUACAAGUGUUUCCGUUGUGGCAAGAGCUUCGGCGACGAGGCCAAGCUCGCCCAACACAAGCAGGCCAAGCACACGAACGAGAGGCCGCACACCUGUGCCGAGUGCGGCAAGAGCUUCCGACGGAGCACCCACCUCACCCGGCACCUGAAAAUCCACACCCGCAAAGCCCGUUAUCGCUGCCUGCAGUGUGAGAAGACCUUCACUUGUCGAAAGCAUCUCCUGUCCCACGAACGGACUCACACGGGGGACAAGCCGUACAAAUGCCUGGAUUGCGGCAAGCGGUUCAGUUUCAGCGGGAACCUCGCCUCGCACCUGCGGAUGCAUACGGGGGAGAAGCCCUACUUGUGCCUCGAGUGCGGGAAGAGCUUCAGCCGGAGUGCCCACCUCACGUUGCACCAGAGGACCCACACCGGGGAGAAGCCGUACACCUGCCUGGAGUGCGGGAGAGCUUUCAGCCAGAGCAGCAACCUCACGUCCCAUCAGCGCAUCCACACCGGGGAGAAGCCCUACGAGUGUCCCAUCUGCGGGAAACAGUUCUCACGGGGCGACUCGCUGGUCUCGCAUCAGAGGAUCCACGCUGCGGAAAUUGUCUGAUCCGGGGUUUGAAUGGCGUUUGACGCAACAGAGUCUCUCUCUCUCUCUCUGCAGUAAGCUUCAAUGGCGAAGGGGGAAAAAUGGAGAAAAAAAGCUGACUCUCGCUUCAUGUCCAAUAAUCAAGCGUGCUUCUGAAGCUUCUUCAUUAUCGUCUUUCGAGCUUCUCAAACGGUGGCGGUUGUCCCAAAGUUGCUUUUCUCCAAAGGGCAACUGGACUUCUUUGGUUUAUUUUUAUUUUUUUUUACCCUUGAAAACAUUUUGCUUCUCAUCCAAGAACUUCAGAGUAGGAAGUUCUUCAAAAACAGAAGCUUCUUGGAUGAGAAGUGAAAUGUUUUCAAGGGGGGGAAAAAACCUCCCAAGGAAGUCCAGUUGUCAUUUGGAAAAACACCUUUGGGACUUCUUCAUUUGUUACAUACAUGGACGAACAGACUUAGAAAUCAAGGAUAGGGUAUCAUAUGUUAUAAAGAAGGGGUUGUCAAACUCA